AUGAAGGAACUCAUCGUGGACUUCAGCAGACAGCAGAGGGAGCACGACCCCAUCCAUAUCGACGGGGCCGCAGUGGAGAAGGUGGAACGCUUUGAGUUCCUCUCUCUGUCUAACUGGUUGAAGCCGUGCUGUGGGCGGAGGGUAGCCCUGUGGCAGGUGUGUCUGCUCAGUGCAGGCUUCAACUGUUUCCUGGUGGCCCUGGUCAUCCUGGUGGUGGUCUUCUUGACCCUGGAACUCCUCAUAGACACCAAGCAUCUACAAUUUGCCAAUGCUAUUCAAUUUGCCAGCGUCAUCCAUUGGAUCAGCCUUGCCAUCCUUUCACUCUUCUUCACUGAGACUGUCUUCAGGAUUGUAGUCCUUGGGAUUUGGGACUACAUUGAGAACAAAGUAGAGGUGUUUGACGGGGCAGUCAUCGUAUUGUCCCUGGCCCCUAUGGUAGCCUCCACGGUAGCCAAUGGCCCCAGCAGUCCCUGGGACGCCAUCAGCCUCAUCAUCACCCUGCGCAUCUGGAGGGUCAAGAGAAUCAUCGACGCCUAUGUGUUGCAGGUGAAGGUGGAGAUGGAGCUGGAGAUCCUGCAGUGUGAGAAGAUCAAGGCUGUCAGGGAGGAGCAGUUGGAACGACUCACACAGAUCUGCCAGGAGCAGGCAUUUGAGAUCAGACAGCUCCGGGCCCACCUGGCCCAGCAGGACUUGGACCUGGCUGCAGAGCAGGAGGCUGCUAUGCAGAUCCACCAUGUGUGGGGCAAACAGAGGAGCAGCUACCAGGUGGUGGAGAGCCAGGGCCCUGGGGAGUCUGACGAUGAGGGACAUGGAGUCCUCAAGGAGACCCCAGCAGAUCCUGUUGUCCAUCAUGACGACAUGAACAACUAUAUCAGCCAGUACUACAGUGAACAAAGUAGUGACAUGGGGGGUCCUCGUGUCAUCACCACGGCAGCCAUCGAUGUCCACCUCCCUACGACCCAUUACCCCGCCCACAACAACCCUCUGCUGGACGUGGAGCAAAUGAGCAGCGCUGUGAGUGACACGUCCACCAGUGUAUCACGGUCCAGCAGCAGUCUGACGGCCCGCCCCCAUAGCCUGAGCAGCCACACCCUGCGUUCGUCUACUACGGACUGCAGCAGCAACGCCACGGCCAGGGACUACCACACCCAGGCUAGGAACUACAAUUCCCAUACCAAGGCCCGGGGGCCUUAUCUGGACUACAAGUCCCAGAAGCAGACCCAGGACAGGGACUUUAACACCGAGCACUCCAACACCCAGGACCAGCGCUGCUUCCCCCUGCCCUACUGCAGCCCCCUGGGCCUGGGUCUGACCUCAGCCCAGCCUCCCCUUCCACAGGACCCCAGCGUGGUAGUCCAGGAGCUGUUCUCGUCACUGUCUGAGGACUCCUGUCUGGCCCAGAAAGGCCUGGUGGACCCAGUUAACCUGAAGCUUCCCAGUCCUGCCAGCUCAGCCAAGGCCAGCCCAGAGCUGGAGCACAGAAUCAACAUCUACAACUGGAAGAAUCAGGAGGAGAACCAGUACCAGAGCCGGGGCCAGAGACAGGGCCGAGCCGCAGCCACUGUGCUCCUACAGACUAACCCUCUCAUCCACCUGCAGGGCGGCACUCCUGAGUCCUCUUUGGAGGAGAAGUAUAGGCUACUGGGCCCUGCUGAUGGUCCACUGGGCCGUCUGCCUGAUACAUAGGGUUGAUUCACACUACUGAGCUGAGCCAAGCCGAACCGAGAUGCAUUGUGCUGGCCUGGUUAUGCAUCCACCAUAGUUGUUUGAACCGUGCUGGAAAGGACAUGUGAAAAGAAUAUGUCAGAGCCAGCACUGGUUGGCUCGGGUCGGCACAACAGUGUGAAAAGGGCAAUAGUUCAUCCCAGAGGACAGAGCAUACAGCUCAAGACAGAACUGACUGACCUGGCUUCUCCAAAUCCUCAUGCUUCAAACAAAGUCAGAGCCUGGUCCAAGAUCAAACCUGGCGUUACAAAGACCAUCUGUUAGCAAGACAGCACAAACAGAUCUGGGGCUAGGCUACCGCUCUAAUGUUAGUCAUCCCUUCUCUGUGGGGCUCCGGACAGAGACAGACAGACAGAUCUGGGGCUAGGCUACCGCUCUCAUGUUAGUCAUCCCUUCUCUGUGGGGCUCCGGACAGAGACAGACAGACAGACACAGCCCUCCUCGACCUCAACCUUGGGGUGACUUUGAAUAAUGCCCCAUUUGCACAACAAUGACCCAGUGAGGACAGAGGAGACAUCUGUGGGCCUAGAAAGAACCAUCAUCAGGAAAUCCCACUUUAAAUGGGGCCCCAAAUGUGAAACAAAACAGUUUGAAAUAAAACCAGCAAUGGGCCAUAUUCAAGCCUUUACAGAACAAGCCUAUUUAAGUGUUCCUAUGUUAACUGCAAGACAGAUUUGACAUGGGAUUUCUCUAAAUUGGGUGGGAGUGGGAGUGGGUGGUGUUUUUGCUUUCUUUUUAUUUGUAUUAGCUACUGUAACUGUGCAGUUCUCUCUGCUCUAACAACCAAGCCACAGGGUGCUUUCUCUGGACAAACUGUCUGUGCCAAAUAAACAGACACUUUCUUACUAUACUUUUGUCUUUCUAUAACAGAGAUAAAGAGGUUUGUAUUGAAGUAGAGGAACAUCAACCAUAUCAAGCCUGGCAUUUUCUAGCCAGAUACAAGAACAGGCAAUUGAAGAAAUGAUGGAGGAAUUAAAAGUAUGAGGAUAGGUAGUGAAUGGCCCUAAAGGAUCCCAAGAGGUACAGUAUAGGAAAAGUAUGUGAAUCUGAUUAUGAGCUGUGAUGGAGGAUUGAUGUUUUAGAUUGGAGUGCUGGUAGCAUGAACCUUUCUUUAAAAGAUCUGCAGCCUGAACAUGGCUAGCCAAUCCUGUGCACUUUAAUCUUUACAGAUGUUUUGUAAACUUAAUAUGUGGGGAACUCAUUGCCAAAUUGCAGGUGGUGCCAUUCAAAUAAUAAAUAAGCCUUUGUAACAUUAA